UGCAACUGAAAAUGUAGAUAAGGUUUGUAGAAAAAAGUGAGAAAAACGGGAAUUUAUAAUUUGUAGUCUCAUUCUAAGGGGGCACAUAGAAGCGCCUACUGUUGUCUGAAGGUUGUCCUGAGAUUUGUUAAGGGGCCUAUUUCUCCCCUCCACAGAUUCUGUGUUCUGUGCACAGAAUCCUAUCCGCAGAAUCUGUGGAGGGGAGAAAUAGGCCCAAAGUCGACGAGCAUAAUAAUAACAUUUUAUACAAUGUAGGUGAAGGUGGACUGAGGCUGGAAUAGCGAAGGGUAUUAAGAACUAGCUUGGCGAGUAUUAUUCGAUUAGACCACCGCUGAUACUGGCUUUAAUACUAUAGUGAUAUCCCUACACAGGAGAUUGAUUGGAAAUGACUAAGGUGCUAUAAUAACUCAUCCCACCCUAACAGAGCAUUUUAAAAUUUUUAAAAUUAAUAUAUACAUAAAUUUAAACUCAAUUAAAAUUUCCAGUUAAAUAUAUUUCUUCAAGAAAUACUUUUAAUUGAAGGAAGAACAAAAGAAAUUCAAAAAGAAAUAGAAGGAAUGGAUAAGAGUAUUGAUAAAGUUAUUGAGCAUGUAUCUGACUACAUAAUUAGUUGUAAGGGAUUGAAAUUUGAAAAAAUUAAAGAUAAGAAAGAAGAAAAUAAAAGUAAACUACUUGCUCGGAAGAAAAUAGCUAAGCUCAUAGCACAAAGUGUGCCAAAUUAUCGAGUUGAUUUAAACCAAAUUUCAAAUCAAAAUGAUGGAUGCCCAAUAUGUUUAGAAGGCUUUUUCAAGAAGGAUAAAACAACCCCUGUAAUUGUAAUGAUUGGAUGUGGACAUGUAUUCCACGAAGAAUGUUUAUUAAAUAAUGUUAAAUGUAUUGGAGACAAUAUUAAAGAAAACCAGCAUUUUAUAUGUCCAACAUGUCGAAAGUUAAUUAAAAAACCCAUAAUUUUAAAGGGAAAAAAUUUUUCAGAAAAAAAUGAAAAAGUUAAUGGGCAAAACUAUGAAAUAGCAAUUAAACCAAAUCUGGAUGAAAUAGCUAAUCGUUUAAUGACUACUCACCGACGGAUUUCACUUCAAUCCAUAUUAAAAAUAUCCAACAAAAAAUGCCCUCAUUGUAAGGAAUUAUUAGAAAAUGUAAAUAAACCGAUAACAAAACUUUAUUGUGGACAUAUUUUCCAUAUAAAUUGUUUAAAUGAAUGGAUUGGAAAAGGAAAAACGAAAAAAGAAGGAGAAACAAAAUACUUGAAGUGUCCCAUCAAAGAGUGUCAAGCACCUAUUAUGUGUAGAGAAUUGGGUGUUAAAAUUGAGGAACAUAACGAUGGCAAUUGUGAUAGUCGUAAUGGACCAUGA